AACUCUAACUGACACCAAUCUGACAUUUUCUCGUUGCCACCCGUAGUGUACAGCUUUUUUACAUCUUUGGUUUUCAUUAUUUUCGCAGAUUUGCAAUAAACUAAAACGUCCUUUUUUGCAGGAAACAAGGCAAUACAAAAUAAGGGGAAAUUUCGUUACCAAAAAUAAUAAGAAAUAAAAUCGUCAAAAGUGUGAAAGCUAAACGUAUCAUAAAAUGUGUACUAGGAGCAAAGCUUUGAAGCAAUUGGAGGAACAUAUCGAGUCAAACACAUACAAGUAAAAUGCAAAAUUUUGGCAGUGGGUUGUAGAAAAGUUAUAAAACGCGUUAAAACGUUCGCAAUUAAACGAGACUUCUUUGGCUGAGUGAAAAAACUUGUAUCAAAACUAGUAAUAAAGUUUCUAUUCACGUAUCGAAAGACGGAAAAAUUGGCUACCGCUUAUACCAAAACUGGUCAUAAACGUACAUAUAUUAAGGAAUCAAAAACAAAUCCAUAUAGCGUAAACAGUUCCGGCUCAUACUUAAUUCCAGUAAACAAUCCACGAAACGCAGAGAACAGUAUCUCAGAAGCUGUACAAGCCAGAGAAAAAUCAGUGAAUAUACAUAAAAAUCUGCAACCUUAUACAUAUAUGUACAUAAACACAUUCGCUUUGAUUCAAGGACACUACGCUUACUUUCUUCUGAAGCUAUAUCGCCUGAAUAUCUCUUAAAACCUUUCGGAACAGUAAUAAUUCAAUCAUAAUUUUUUAGAACGAUUUCCAAAAUUGUUUCGUAUCAAAAUUGAAGUAGAGUAAAUUGGACUGAAAUGCGCCCGGCCAUACAACCAGGUAUACGCGUAGUACGUGGACCAAACUGGAUUUGGCAAAAUCAAGAUGACGGAGAAGGUCAUGUUGGUACUGUUUGUGAGAUUGGACGCUCUGGAUCGACACACUCACCUGAAAAUACGGUUGUAAUUAAUUGGGAUUCUGGACAUAGAACAAAUUAUCGUGUUGGCUACCAAAAUCAAUACGAUUUAAUUAUUGUUGAUAACGCACAAGUUGGUGUACGCCAUUCGAAUGUUGUUUGUGAUGGCUGCUCUAAGCCGGGAAUAGCUGGCAUUGUUUUUAAAUGCGCCCAGUGUUCGAACUACCAUCUCUGUGCUUAUUGUUAUGGUGCGGAUUUGCACGAAACGGAUCAUUCAUUCAUUCGUUACACAACGCCUACAUCGCUAGGAGUACGUCUGCCUCCACGAAAAAAUUCAAAACGAGUCCAACUUAAAGGAAUAUUUGUUGGAGCCAAAGUUGUUCGUGGUCCUGAUUGGGAGUGGGGCCAGCAGGACGGUGGCGAAGGCAAAACUGGGCGUGUUAUGGAAAUUCGCGGUUGGGACAAUGAGUCUUGUAGAAGCGUAGCUAAUGUUUCUUGGGUAACGGGUUCUACAAACGUCUAUCGUUUAGGUCAUAAAGGUAACGUUGAUUUAAAGUGUACUGUACCGUCGAUAGGAGGAUACUAUUACAAAGACCACAUGCCUGUUUUAGGUCAACUGGAAGAGCAACAACCCGUUGUACCCACUGUGAAGCCAACAUUCUCAGUUGGGGAUCGGGUAAAGGUGUGUCUUGAUGUUGACGCACUAAUGAAACUGCAGCAAGGGCACGGUGGAUGGAACCCCCGAAUGGUGGAACAGUUACCUAAAUUGGGUACCGUCCAUCGCAUUACCGAGAAGGGCGACAUACGGGUUCAGUACGAUAAUUGUCCUAAUCGUUGGACCUUUCAUCCGGCUGCUCUUGUAAAGGUUAUGUCAUUUCGCGUUGGCGAUCUGGUGACUAUAAUAAACGAUGCGAACAAGGUUCAGCAACUGCAAAAAGGGCAUGGUGAAUGGAUUGACCUUAUGCGUUAUGCUUUGGGAAAACAUUGCAAAGUUGUAAAGGUUUACUCGGAUGGUGAUUUGCGCAUUCAACAACUCGAUGAUGGUUUCGAGUGGACAUUAAAUCCGAAAUGCGUGCGUUUAGAGCGAUCCCCAUUGGCUACUGCAGCAGAACGUUCAAACAGUAUGAUGGACCUAAGUCAUAGGCGCACAGAUCAUGUUAUGACACCGUUAUCAGGCCUAUCUGGUACGUCAAUGGCCGAUAAGCUGGUUCGUGAGGCGGCCCAAGGUCAUUUAGACUUUGUGAAGCAGUACUUAGAUGCCCAUCCAGAACAAGUGAAUGUGAUGAGUGGUGGCAAAGCUUGCAUACAAGUGGCCGCUCAUCAGGGCUAUGUUGAUCUUGUAAAAUAUCUCAUUAUCAAAGGCUCGAAUGUGAAUGUUGUGGACAAGGAGGGCGAUUCGGCGCUUCACUAUGCAGCUUUUGGUAAUCAGCCCGAAACGAUGCGUGUCCUACUGCAAAGCAGAGCUGAUAUCAAUUUUCUAAAUUCAAGCCAUUGCUCAGCAUUGCACAUAUGCGCACACAAGAAAACGCCACAUUGCGUGCGAGAACUGCUUCAAUUCGGCGCCGAUGUGAAUAUUCAAGAUUCCUACGGUGAUACGGCGCUGCACGAUGCCAUUGGCAAGGAAAACACAGAAGUUGUCGAAUUAUUAUGUAAUGCACCGAAUUUAGAUUUCCUGAUAAAAAACAAUCGAGGUUUUAACGUACUGCACCAUGCCUCGCUUAAGGGCAACGUGGUCGCAGCUAAACGCAUACUGCAACUGGCUCGGCAACUAGUAAACGUUAAGAAAGAUGAUGGUUUUGCCGCGUUGCAUUUGGCCGCCCUAAAUGGUCACGCACACGUUGUCGAGACAUUGAUAAUAGAGGGUCUGGCAGAAAUUGAUAUACGAAAUAACCGCCGUCAAACACCGUUUCUUUUAGCAGUUUCGCAAGGACACGCGUCCGUAAUUGAGCGACUUGUAACUCUCGGUUGCGAUAUUAUGGCUCGUGAUGAAGAUGGCGACAAUGCAAUGCACUUAUGUGUAAUUAAGAAAACUAAUUUGCAACAAGCAGCUGAACCGUCCGGAGAAGACGCACCGGAGAUACGAGCAAUCUUCGAUAAUCUUUCCCACGUUCUAGACGAUCGUCUCAUGUAUACAAUCCUUUGUUAUUUAUCGUCGCGUGGUUGCCGCGUAGAGCAAAAUAACAAAGGCACAAAUAUUUUCGAAUGGAUCACAAACAAGGAUAUGAAAGAUUUAAUUUUGGGCUACCAAUGCCCAGUGAGAUUGCAGACUGGUGUACCGCAGUCGUCGACAGCGAUUAACGAAAUCAACAAUGCAUCAGGCGAUGUGGAGCGCAACAUACAGGCCCUAAAUUUAAACCCAGAAAGCGAAGUGGGCGGCACGGCUGGUGUGGCCGGCGCUGUUGCUGGGCCUAGUAACCACUCUGUUGAUAUCAUUAUAGAUGCAUUACAACCCAAUAAUUUUACGCAGAUGGCUACACCCAACAGAAGCACUCCAACUCAUCACAUUGACCGCUCAACCGAAGAGCCAGCAGGACUAAAAAAACUCAACUCUGAUCGGCAAGCACAGGUCAAUGCAUUAGGCAGUGGAAGUAAUGCGCUGGACACUCAAUAUGUACAUAUGACUCCGAUUCCUUCAACUUCCGGUGUUAAUCAACCGACUGGUAUUCGCAAAAAAGCGCCGAAACCACCUGCAGCCAGCGGUGAGCGAGGUUCACCGGAAUGCGCUGCGGUUUCCAGACCGAGUCCGAAAGCUACACCUCCGCCACCGCCCCCAAACGUUCCUUUCCACAACGGCCCUCAGGAGUGUAUAGUUUGCGACGAAAAGUUGCAACUUAUUAAAUUUGAGCCAUGUCAACAUCAGAUUUCCUGUGAGGAAUGUGGCUUGCGUAUGAAAAAGUGCCUGCGCUGUGGUGUUCAAAUCGAGCGACGCAUAACUGCCGGUGGACGUUUGGUGGCCAGUUCUGACCAGACACGCAUACCCUCCGCUGAUCGUUUGAGGUAUUUGGAAAAUAAAAUACAAGAGUAUGAAGAGACGCACUAUUGCAGCAUCUGUAUGGAACGGACACGUGACGUCGCAUUUUUGUGUGGUCAUGGUGCAUGCUCACGAUGUGCGGACACCUUGCGCACCUGCCACAUGUGCCGUAAAACCAUCCUAAGAAAGAUCAAUUUAUAUUAAGUGACACUCGAUUCUUCAAAAAGCUACAUUACCACGACCCAACAAAGGUAGUAAUUCUUUAAAAGCACGGUGUGCCUGAACCAGCCGUAAAUGAAAGGUUCUUGCAUAUGGGUUUUUUGGCGUGAUUCUGUUAUACGAUGAAAUUAGAAACUGUUUGAAAAAAAUUGAACGGGCCCUUUUCGAAAAACCCCCUUUUUCUUAAUUAUAUUAAUUUAUAUUACACCCCGCGACAAACGAUAGCACAUCAAUAUUUUUACCAGUUUUGUCUACUUUUCUUUUGAUCUUUUUAAGGUUAAUUAUUUUUAUAUAAA